AUGACAGCCAAUUCCAAUAUUAAUCGCCUAACCUCCACGUUAAUAAACGCCGUCACGGGCAUCCCAUCCAACACCGAAAACCACAAUCUCUGCCUCUCCUUCGCCCUAAAAUCCUACAAACACCAUAAAUUCCCAUCUACGAAUCCCUUCGACAUCGUACAGUCUUUGGAAGGUCUGGAAGAGAAGUUUCGAAUCAAUGACAAUGACGUCUUGGCCGAUGAACUCGCGACACGAGCUCGGUUACUCCAGAAGGUUCAGGAACAGCGACAACAACAAACACAACAACAUCAACAACAAAUACUGGGGUUCGAUUUUGGUGUUAAGGAAGGUCGUGAUAAAGAUGGGAUAGAUCUUGGUGGGAUUGAUAAACAGUAUAUACCGGAUAUACUACGGUUUAUAUUGGCGUUAUCGACUCUACCGGUGGAAAAUGCGAAUACUUCUCUAGAGGACCUGGAAGAGCUGGUACAAUCUCAACUGGAGAUUCGAGAAGCUAAAGAAAAGAAGUUGGCGGCGGAAGAAGCUGCAGCUAGGGAAGCCGACAGGGAUGAUGAAUUAUGGGAGAUCCCGGACUUUGCUGAAACCAGCAGUGAUGAUGAUUGGGCCGAUGAUGAGUUUACUAGGCAAGCUGAGGUUAAGGAGAAGUUGAAAGAAAGGAAGAGAGCAGCUAGGAGGCGGGAAGAGGCAGAAGACGCUGCUCCACUUGCUCCACAGCAGACCAUCGAAGACUACAUUCGUGUCGCACAAGCAUCAACUGCCCACGCCAUCGAACUAGCUCAGUACUGGAAACGCCAGUCUAUCCUACCAGCCGAUCUUGCGCAGAACUUUGUCUCCUAUGGCCUCGCUCAAAAUGAGAUAUCUGAGCUAUGGAGUAUAGGCGAGGUAUACGUCAUCCGAGAAGUAAUAUUUGCAUUAUAUGGUCUUGCAGGUUCUUUAUACAAAUUUCAGGAUGAUGGUAGUAUCAACGUUUUAACAACUUAUAUACUCCCGACCACAUCUCCUGGCUCUCUAAUCGACAUUCUGGACCACUUCGCCGCCAAAGCCGUAAUUCUUCAGAAGCUACGUACGUUUUGUAAAUCCCUCGAACGGAGAUGCCUUCUCGCGAAAUCAUCACCAACAACUCAUGAUGCAAUCGCCCCCGCGCAAUCGUUCGUCGAGGCGAUUCAGUCCGCUAUCUCAGAGUGGGAGCUGGAUGUUCUAGCAAAAGUUGAAGAACAAUAUGUUCACCAAGGCAAAGAUCGGAAGGACAACGCCAUGGUUUCAUUAUUACAAUUACAAAGAGAACUUGACCCAUCACUCGAGAAAUUCUCACCUUUGUACGAAAUCAUAGCAGCGUUAGAGCGAGGUCUCGCAGAAGGUGGACUUUCGGAGCCAGCUGCACGGGUCAGUUUCCACUUGGAACUAUUAUUCAAGAAGUCAUGCGAGGCGGAAUCGAAUGGACGACUUGAUAUCUUUCGGUUCUUACGUGGGAUAUUCUUGAAGUGUUUACGAAUCUAUCUACGUCCUAUUGCGAAAUGGAUGGAGCUCGGUGACCUUCGAGAAGCCGAUGGAUUAGGUGCGUUCUUCAUACAUCUUGCCAGCGAUGGCGAUGAGGAGGAUGAAGGGGACGAUAGCGAAGCUUCACAACUCGCGAAACUGUGGAGGGGACGGUAUGUACUCGAUCAAGACGAGAGAGGUACCAUUGUCGCUCCAUCGUUUAUUCGAGAAUAUGGAAGGAAGAUCUUUGUAGUUGGGAAGAGUGUGUUGUUUCUACGAAGGCUUGGGGAGGAUGUUGCGGGGUUCAUGGGGAAGGAAGUAGGGUUGAAGGAAGCUUUGGAUGAGCUCAAUGAGCUUACGGAGAAAGAAGGUAGAAGGAGUCUAGUAUCGUUUAACGAUGCGUUACUAGUUGCGAUGGCCGAAUGGGUUGAUAAGACGCACAGGGACGUUAGUGCACGACUGCGCGACAUUCUGUAUUACGAAUGUGGGUUGUGGGACUCAUUAAACGGUAUGGUGGAUGUUUAUUUCAUGAGAGAUGGGUUUGCUAUGGCGGGGUUUUGUGGUACACUUUUUGAAAGAAUUGAGAAGGGGAUGAGGUGGGAUGAUAGGUUUCUAUUGACGGAACUGGUGCAAAGUGUUUAUUCGGAAAAUCGGGGAGUGGAAAUUGGAAGGCUCGCAGUCAAGACUCGACGGGUGGAGGGAGAUAAGAAAGGGGUUAAGGCUUUGGGAAUGUUGGAUAUAGAAUAUAGACUGACAUGGCCGCUACUGAAUAUCUUCACGGUGGAAAGUAUUGCGGUUUGUAAGAAAGUGUGGGGGUUUUUAUUGAUGAUAAGGAGGAGUCGAAGUGCUUUGGAGAAAAUGAAGAUGGGGAGGGCCGGAAGGGGGAAGUAUGAUCAGGGAGAGAAAGUGGCCUAUACGGUUAGGUGGAGGUUACUUACGUUUAUCAGCUUAUUACAAGCGUUUCUCGUGGAUUUGGUCAUUCAGCCGCAAGUUGAGAGUUUGAAGAAGAAACUUGAAGGGGCGGAGGAUAUUGAUGAGAUGAUUGAUGUUCAAGAAGAGCAUUUUGGGAGGAUUGCGGAGUUAUGUUUGGUUAGUGGACGGAUGGCACCGUUGUACCAGGCUGUUGUGUCAGUCAUGGAAUUGGCGGUGGUGCUAGCUCAGAGUCAAAAGGGCAGAAAGAAGCUUGAAGUACCCGCUGUUCGAGAGAAGAGAGUUGUGGAUUUUAGGAAGAGUGUUAGGAAAGAUGUUGAUUCCGAGGAUGAGGAAGUGGAGACGGAAGAUGAUGACGAUGAUGAUGAAGGGUCUGACGAUGGUGGAGAUGGGGAUGAAGAUGAAAUAGCAGAUAGGAUCAGGAGGAAGAAGAUUGAGAAAGAAAAUAGGAAGAGACAAAUGCUUGGACGAUUGUCGGCACAAGCGCAGAAGUUGAUUAUGUUUUUGACUACGGGACUGAGGAGUAUGGCUAGAGCAGGGGUUUAUCCGGAUACCGUUGAGGUAUUGGCGGAGAGGUUGGAGAUGGGGGUUUUGGUGGAGGAAGAAGAGGAUUAUGAUGAUUAUUGA